CAGUUCCAUUCAUAUCUUCCAAGUGACGUCAAACUCCUUCAGCCAAUUAAUGCUCAUUACUAGGAAAAGAGAUUCCCUUAUAUACUUCUAUUUCCUUUGGAACCUCCCCUAUUACUUACAUAAAAUAUUGUUGGUAUCACUUAAAUCAAACAAAUGUUUUAGCUUGUUGGCAAUCGCUAACAAAACAUUUGAGGUUAUGAAAACACAUGGAUUUAAUUGACGGCAUUAACUAAGAUUCUAUAUUUAAUCACUUAACAUUCAGUCAUAAUUUCUUACUGGUGUGCUGCGCUUGAAGGGAGAUGCCGCUGUCGUGUCGGUUCUACAAGGAGAAGUACCCGGCGGUGGAGGACGUGGUGAUGGUGAACGUGCGCAGCAUCGCGGAGAUGGGGGCGUACGUCCACCUGCUGGAGUACAACAACAUCGAGGGGAUGAUCCUGCUGUCGGAGCUGUCCCGCAGGAGGAUAAGGUCCAUCAACAAGCUGAUCCGGGUGGGCAAGACGGAGCCCGUCGUGGUUAUCCGAGUGGACGCCGAGAAAGGCUACAUCGACCUGAGCAAGCGCCGGGUGUCGGCGGAGGACGUGGACAAGUGCACGGAGCGGUUCGCCAAGGCCAAGGCCGUCAACUCGAUUCUGCGCCACGUGGCGGAGCUGCUGCACUACGAGACGGACGAGCAGCUGGAGGAGCUGUACCAGAGGACGGCCUGGCGCUUCGAGGAGAAGUACAAGAAGAAGGCCUCCGCCUACGACUUCUUCAAGCAGGCGGUGCUGGAUCCAUCCAUUCUCGCGGAGUGCGGUUUGGACGAUGAAACCCAAGAAGUGCUGCUCAACAACAUCAAGCGGAAGCUGACUUCUCAGGCGGUGAAGAUCCGCUCCGACAUAGAGGUUGCCUGCUACGGCUACGAAGGCAUCGACGCGGUGAAGGCUGCUUUGCGGGCGGGGCUCGCGUGCUCCACUGAAGAAAUGCCCAUAAAGAUCAAUCUCAUUGCACCACCCCUGUAUGUCAUGACGACGUCAACACCCGAGAAACAAGACGGUUUGGCAGCGCUUCAACAGGCCAUCGUGGAAAUAGAGAAGACCAUCACUGACAUGGGUGGAGUGUUCACAAUCCAGAUGGCUCCGAAGGUGGUGACUGCCACGGACGAGGCGGAGCUGGCUCGCCAGAUGGAGCGGGCGGAGGCGGAGAACGCAGAGGUGGCGGGCGACGAUGACGAGGAGGAGGAGAUGGAGGGCCAGGUGUACAACGGAGGGGAGGACGGAGAGGCGGAGGCCGGGUCGGAGCCCGAGCCGGAGCCCGAGGAGAACAAGGGCAACUAGGAGCCGCUCGCUUGUUUUGUCACGUCUGGGAGAUUAUACGGUCUGCUCUGGA